ACACUGAACAUACCAGCUGCCAAACAGCUGAUUUUUUACUUAUAAGAAUCCAAUAUCAACUGCAUACAUAAUUCUUAUUUUAAUUUGCUCUUAAUUUAAUUCGGCUUAGAAAUGUCUUUCUUAAAUGUUUUAAAUCGAUCAUUUCUUGGAGCUGUUAAUUUUGCACAAGUUAUAAUAAAUCGAGAUGCACAUGUCUUCAAUCGCUCCAUACUGAAAACAAAGCUCCGUUGUCACUUUCCCAAGCCACGCGAAGUUAAGCGCAUUAACGUUCAUGGUUGGGAUAAGCGUAUGUCAACACCAGAAGGACGUCGUGUGUUAAUGCGUCGAAUACUUAAAGGCAGACAUGUACUGUCGCAUUAAUGAUCUAGCUUUUGAAGCUGCAUGAUUUUAAAGAAUACAUGAAAUGUAAUUGAUACAUUAUUCGUUGAGCACAUUUUUAUGUUUUCCCGUCAGAAAUUGUGAUGGGCGAUGGUAAAUUUGUUUAAUCGAUUUGGAAGUUUUUGCAUCAACAGUAUUGUAAAGAUAAGCCGCCAUAUUAGACACUUUGGGCCCUUGAUUUGUGAAUAACGAUGCCGGUAGUGGCAUCUCACCCAAGGCUAAGCAAUUGACCGCGCUUAGUGUAUCGUAAGGCAUUGCUGGCAACAAGUAUAAUUUUUUGAGGUCAAUAGAACGCAC